AUGGCCAAGGAAGCCAUACAGACAUGCAUACCCAAAUGUGUGGCCUCGAUGAUACCUCUGACUGGAGUGGGCCCAUCUGCUGAGGGGGAAGCUCCUUUGGACCUUGUCUCUAAGAGCGACGUGAAUACUAGAAGCUUCAAACGUGCAACAUGGACUCCAGAUGGCACCACUCUUUUGGCAGACUCUGCUGAUCACCACAUCCGAUCUUUUGUUCUGCCUCCAGAUCUCCUUGACUCACCUUCGGUUCAUCAUCUUUCCCCAUACUCGACUCUUCCUUCAACAGAACCAACUUAUGCCUUUGCCCCUUACCCCUUUUUCAAUCUCCAAGAUCCAUCAACCACUCUCUUCCUUUCUUCUGUAAGAGACCACCCAAUCCGGCUGGCUUCAGCUCUUGCACCAGUGUCGGUAGCCAGCUACUCACUGGUCAAUCCGACAACUGAAGCCUUCAUCACUCCACACUCCAUCAUCUAUCCAUCUUCGCUUGGGGGAACCCAUUUUCUCACGGGCUCUGACAGCCUCAUAUGUCUAUUCGACGUUUCUCGUCCUGGAAAGGAUGGCCCGAUGUCAUGGCUGCCAACAAUUCCAAGUAAGCGCAAGCAGAUUAUUGGCGGGGGUAUCGGCAUGAAGGGCAUUGUUUCGGCCAUGGCUGUUAGUCCCACUGGGGAUGGGAUUCUGGCUGCCGGCACAUUCACCAGACAGGUUGGUCUUUACAACUCCAAUGGCUCUGGUGAAUCAUUGGGGACAUUCAGCAUUGCCAAGACCGAGGCCAAUCGUGAUAUUGGAGGAAAGGGAAUCACUCAACUGGUCUGGAGUCCCUGUGGACGGUAUCUGUAUAUUGCGGAGCGAAAAAGCGAUGGUGUUCUCGUCUAUGACAUCCGGGUGACGGGGCAGAUGCUCGGAUAUCUGCGAGGACGCAAGGCCGUCACAAACCAGCGCAUGGAAAUUGAUGUUAUUUCUGCUGGUGCAGAUGGUGCGCAUGAGGUAUGGGCAGGUGGCACGGAUGGGUUCAUGAGAGGAUGGAAAAAUCCCAUAUAUGCGGCGGGUGGACAGGAUCCCGAUUGGGAGUUCAAGAUGCAUGAUGAUACUGUCACUAGCACCGUGUUUCAUCCAUCGGGUGGUGUUGUUGCGACUUGUUGUGAGAUGGAGAAAACAACGUCAAAAUAUGGACGAUGCCACCUCCAGAAUCUUGGCCCGAAGAAAGAUGAGAAAAUCGAAGUUAGGGCUAACUUCGUUGCCCCAAAUUCCAAAUGGGAGGGGUAA